AUGAAUGAGGAUCGACAGGAAGAAGACGAACCUUACGAACCAGAGUUUGAGAUAUUGAAAGUACUGGAAAAGAAGAAAAAUCUGGAAGAAACGAUGAGAAUUGAAGAGAAUAAUGAAAGAAAAUUGGAAAUCGAGAAAGAAUUAGAAGAAUUGGAUCUUCAACUUAUGGAAAAAGAAGUGAGAAUGGAACAGGGAAGACAUGUUUUUGGGAGUGUUUGA